UCCCAGCAGGUGGAGAGGGGGACCUUGUACAGACCCCAGCAGGACAGCGAGGGAGAGGGCAGGCACGAACUGGAGAUGAAGCUGGGAGUGGAGGAGGGAGCUUCGGAAACCUCGGUCUUGAGCGAUAUGGUGGCCCUCAUCUCCAACAGGCCCAAGAGCAGGAAGAAGGUCCUCGUAUACCUGUCCUUGGCCUCAUUGUUGCUCCUGCUCAUUGCCUUCCUCCUGGGAUACGUGACGUUCCGUAACACCUGCCGCUCGUGCCCGUCGGACACGGAAGAGUGUAUGGCGGCCAGCGCCGUUAACGAGGUGGACUAUGGGUGGCAGAACACGGACUACAGCUCGGAGACCACACUGCACUGGGAUGACCUCAGGACCAUGUUGAAUAAGUACCUGGACAAGGAACAGCUCACCGACAACAUCAGGGCCAUGAGCCAGAGGCCUCACCCAGCUGGGUCGAGAGAACUGCAGCGGCUCGAUAAACUCGUCCUGAGCAAGCUCCACUCGUACCAGCUCAAUCAUGUAUGGACAGACUCACACUAUGUCACACUGCCUUACCCCGACAGCUCAUCCCCUAACUAUCUGUGGAUGGUGGAUUCGAACGGAGCGAUCCUGGAGAAGAUACAUCUGACGGAUCAGGAUGCGUUCUUGGCCUACAGUGCAACGGGGAACGUUACGGGUGGCCUUGUGUACGGCCAUUACGGCAGGCACACGGACUUCUUGAAGUUGAGAGACUUGGGCGUCACAGUUAAAGGCAACAUCGUCCUCAUCCGAUCGGAGAAAGUGGCGAUGGCCCAGACACACGGGGCUGUUGGCGUGCUGCUUUACCCCGAUCCGGCUGAUGUCCCACAGGAGCCACGAGGCACGGGACCACCCAGGACCACGGCCCUCUCCGGACAUGUCCAUCUUGGCACCGGUGACCCGUUCACCCCAGGCUUCCCCUCCUUCAACCACACACAGUUCCCACCGGUGGAGGCAUCAGCCCUGCCCCGUAUCCUAGCGUUGACCAUCAGCCCCAACACAGCGCUGAGUCUCAUCGGGUGGAUGGGGGGAGGUUCGGUACCCAGUGGGUGGAGAGGGAUGCUCUCGUAUCCCGCUAAGUAUGUGCUUGGGCCCAACCUCACCCAGCCCGGAGUUCAGCUUCAGAUGGGAGUAUCGUGUCGCAUGGUUUCCACUGUUAUCAGCAAUAUCUUUGGAUCGAUCGAAGGCUUCAUCGAACCCGAUCGAUACAUCAUAGUCGGGGCCCAACGAGACUCGUGGGGACCGGGAGCUGCCAAGUCCGGUGUUGGAACAGCCAUCCUUCUAGAAUUGGCGCAUGCCCUGUCCGAAAUGGUUACGAAUGGUGAGUGCCCAUCCCCCUGCUCUCAAGACUCAAGCACACAGAACAUAGUCGACAUUAAUACAGACCAGAUCAGCGGCUAUCUAACGAUGAUGCAUCUAAAGGCCGUGGCCUACUUCAGUCUGGACAGAGCAGUCUUGGGAGAUGACACGCUGGUUGCCCAGUCCAGCCCGUUGCUCCACCAGCUGAUCGAGAAGGUGAUGAAGCAGGUACGUUUCCCUCUCAUCCUUCUAAAUUCCAGCCAAUACACAGAAACAUAGACAAUAGGUGCAGGAGUAGAGGCCAUUCGGCCCUUCGAGCCUGCACCAUUCGCCAUUCAAUAUGAUCACGGCUGAUCAUCCAACUCAG